UGGUGCUGCCUCUGGAGAGAGGAACAGGAAACCUCCCACAGUUGUAAAAACUCCCGACAUCUUCAGUCUGCCUGUGAAUGAGCUGUUUAUAGUGAUGAAGAGCUGUGUGAGUCUCUGUCCUCCUGGACCAAACGUUCUGCUGCUGUUAGUCAAACCUUCUGAUUUCACUGAGGAGAACAGACAGACUCUGAAUUUGGUCCUGAGCUUGUUUGGUCGAGAUGCUUUUAAUCACGCCAUCGUCAUCCGAACGCAUAACGAGGAAGGGAAUAAGUCAGUGGAUAAACUCAUUGAAGAAUCCAAACAAAGGCAGCACUUCGUUAAUUUUGACAGGAAAGAGUCCUUCUCAGAUUCCUCAGAGUUGAUGGAAGAAAUGAAUAAGAUGGUGACUAAAAACUGGGGAAAAUAUCUCAUAUUAAAAGAAGAGGCUAAACCCAAUCUGAAGUCCAGUCUGAACCUGGUUCUGUGUGGGAGGAGAGGAGCAGGGAAGACGUCAGCAGCCAAGGCCAUUUUAGGUCAGACUGAGCUUCAUUCAGCCUCCAACUCAUCAGAGUGUGUUAAACAUCAGAGAGAGGUGUGUGGACGUUGGGUUUCCCUGGUGGAGCUGCCUGCCUUGUAUGGAAAACCUCAGGAGGCAGUGAUGGAGGAAUCACUCAGGUGUAUCUCCCUCUGUGAUCCUGAGGGUGUCCAUGCCUUCAUCCUGGUCCUACCUGUGGCUCCCCUCACUGAUGAAGACAAGGCAGAGUUAGAGACCAUCCAGGAUGCAUUCGGCUCUCGAGUCAAUGACUUCACCAUGAUUCUGUUCACUGUGGACUCAGAUCCUACAGCUCCAGCUGUUGUGAACUUUGUAAUGGAAGACAAGCAUAUCCAUGAUCUCUGUGAGAGCUGUGGAGGAAGAUUUGUUGUUCUCAACAUUAAGGACAAACAGCAGAUCCCAGAGAUGUUUGAGAUUGUGGAUAAAAUUAGUCAGCCUACAGGACAACUGUGCUGUUAUACAACUACAACAUUUUUACACGCACAAAUGGAGAAAGUCUUAAAACUUGUCACUGGUGAUGAAGGUGGAGAACAGGGCUCAGACUGUCUCAGGAUUGUGCUGAUUGGGAAGACCGGCUGUGGAAAGAGCUCUACAGGAAACACCAUUUUAGGAAGAGACGAGUUUACAGCUAAAUCAAGUCAAAUGUAUGUCACACAAUAUUGUAAGAAGGCAGAGGGUGAGGUGGACGGUCGUCCUGUUGUUGUGGUCGACACUCCUGGUCUGUUUGACACAAGUUUGUCCAAUGAAGAAAUUCAAGAGGAGAUGGUGAAAUGUGUCAGUCUCCUGGCUCCAGGACCGCAUGUCUUCUUGUUGGUGAUACAGAUCGGCAGGUUCACAGCAGAGGAGAAGGCGACGCUGAAACUCAUCAAGAAAUUCUUUGGGAAGAAUUCAGAAAACUUCACCAUCAUUCUUUUAACCAGAGGAGACGAUCUGGAACGUAUGGGAGAGUCUAUUGAUGAUUACAUCAAGAACAAAUGUCACAGUUCCUUUAAGAAACUGAUCUCUGACUGUGGAGGAAGAUACCAUGUGUUCAAUAACUAUGAUAAGCAAAACCGCACACAAGUCAGUGAGCUGAUAAAAAAGAUUGACACCAUGGUGAAGGACAAUGGAAGAUGCUGCUUCACCAAUAAGAUGCUGAGGAUCCUGAAGGAGAAGGAAGAAGAGAUGCAGAAGGAAAAGGAAGAGAUCGAAAGAAAACAUAAGCAAGAAAUGAAAGCAAUGAAAAUAAGAAUGGCAGAAGAGAGAGAAAAAUCAGAAAAUGAGAGAAAACAGAAAGCUGAAGAACUCGAGGAAAUGAUGAACAAAAUUAAGGAAGAACAAGAGAAGAAGAAAAAAGAAGAAGAAAUGAGAGAAAAGGAGGAAAAGGAAAAGGACACUGGAGAAGAAAGAUAUCGACAACAAUUCAAAGAAGAACUUGAAAAGUUGGACAGACAAAUUCAUUUGGAAAAAGAAGCAAAGGAAAAUGUUGACAGACAUCUGGAAGAGACCAGAGAAGAGAUGCAACGAAAACAAGAAGCCUGGGAGAAAGAACGAAGAGAAGAGCGAGAGAAACAAAGACAAGAAGAUGAAAAGAGACGACAGGAGGAGGAAGAAAGAAUAGACAAACUGCUGGAAAGUUACAAACAAGAAAAAAUAAAAUACGAAAACAACAAAUUACAAGAGGAACAAAUAAGAAGAGAAAUGGAAAUAACAGAGAACAAUCAUCAGAAAACACUGGAGGACCUAAAGAAGAGCUAUGAAAGAAAAGCCAGACAGAAAGCAGAAGAGUUCAACGAAUCCCAAAAGAAACACAUGGAUGAAUUAAAUGCUCAGCGGGAAGAACACGUGAAGGAAAUGAACGACUUAGUCAAACGUGUGACCAAGAAGAGCGAAAACCUGAGAAAGAUCAAACAUCUAGUGGAAAAACAUGAAAAAGAGAUGAGGAAUGCAAAAACUGAGGAGGACAAGGACGAACUACAGGAAGUACAUGAACAACAAAUAAGUGAAUUGAUGCAAAAAAUCUUAAGUAAGGAGGUCAGUGACGCGUCAGGCUGCAGCAUUUUAUGACGAGAAAUAAAUGAUUUCAGUUGUUUUUCUUUCAUUUGUACUGGGAAAAAACGUUAAAGAAGCACCGAUUUGUUGUUCUGCAUGUUUACAUGUUUGGGAUUU